GUUUUUGUGUCCUACCAAACACACAUCAGUUUUCUCACAUGACAAUCUAUGUGUGGAGUUCACUUCACUGACGGAAGAAAGUGGAAAAUAUGUAUUUUUCUUUUAUUCUUCUCAUUUAUGCUGCCGGUGUUGCGGUUAAAGAAAGUUGUGCAGAUUUGGUUCCCACUCCCACUAUUUUAUUGUCCCCUGGGUACAUCAAUGUAGCUACACCUGUUACAGUACGCUGUGAGUCACCAAAAGGCACAGAGUGCAAAUUCUACAAAGAUCACGACCCCAACCCUAUAAGGAAACUGGAAUACAAGCAGGGUGCUUGCCAGUUCAAGUUGUUCUGGAAUGAGUUCAAAAGGUGGAAGAAGACUGAAGUAGAUCUCAGCUGUGUAAUUCUACAGAACAGAGAAGAUGAAACGAUCAAAACCUCAAAACGUAGUGAUGCUCGAAGACUUAAUGUGGGUGAUCCAAUUGGAAAGCCCAGUGUUCAUGUGUUGAAGAUUGGGAAAUACCUCAAUCUUCGAUGUGAGGCCAAGGCUGGCACCUCUUGCUACUUUUAUCUGAACAAUGGUGACUCACACUUUAAAAAACUACCCUACAAAGACAAUGUCUGUGUGGGGAGAGUGGCAGAAGAGGAACUGCAGAGGAAGAGGAGCAGUGCUGGAGAGAUCUUCAUCACCUGUGCUGUGGAGCUGGUGGUAGAGGGUGAAGAUACUGUGACAUCACAGCAUAGUGAACCCCUCGGUAUCACCAUAGAUGUUAUAAAUCCUCCAGGAGCUACUAGUUCCCCAUCAACGUUCAGUUUAAUCAUAACUGGUCAGGAGAAGACAAGCAGCAAUGUCACACCCCAAGGAAAAGAAUCCAUCUCAGAGAUCUCCUUCUACCAGUAUACCAGUCUUCGUGCUGUUGUCUAUGCUAUCAUUCUGUCGAUGGAAUUUGUUCUGUGUCUUCUCUGGUAUAGACGUGGUGCAUGCCUUCUCAUACUCAUACACAAAUUGUAACGGAUCUAGGAACUUCAUUUGAUUACUCUUUUGUUUCUGAGAUUUUUCCUGCACGAAAUUAGAAUUUUCACAGCAGGAAACUCAAACUUGCAGUGCAUUUGAGCUUUAAAAAUACUUCUAAAGUUUGUAAUUUCUACUUUGAAAUGUCAGACUUGACUUGCCCUAAAAGAAAUGUAACAACCCCAACAAAAAUAUCCAUUAAUUAUCAUCCACAUAAUAAUUCACAUUUCCUGUUCCUGCAGGAUUAUUUUCCUGCUGUAGCAAACUGGCUCAAAUUAAGAUCCUACAUCUGUUUGUUGUUCCGAAGGCUUUUGUCAUGUCUUUUAUGAGCUAUACAACUUGCCCAUGUGAUUUGUUUUCAUCAUACUUUUAUCUCUGAAGUUGAUCCGCAAGGCAAUGUCAAACGGAGUUAAGAGUGGUCUAUUUAUUCAUAAAUAUUUACUCAUGCAUGUUUCUAUAUUAUCUGUUUGAAUGUACUGGUGAAUUGUCGUGUCUUGACCAAAACCCAUCUAAGCUGCAAUAUGUGUGUGUAGAACAAUGCUCUUUAUUCCCCAAUGCUUGUUAAUGUAUUUUAUAUUAUGCAAAGUGUUUCAUGUGUAAUGAGUUCAUAUGUCUAAAAUACAGCAAUUUUAUUAGCA